AUGAAGAAGAAUAUUGGAGUGCUGUGCUUUUGCCUACUGUUAGCCAGUGUUUACGGACACCAGAAUCAUGUGAACAAUCACCAGCAGCAGCAGCAACCCUCACAACCAAAUGCUCACCAGCAACCCGAUUUGAAGAAACAGCACAACAACUUUUUUGAAAAACAAGACAUUGAACACAUUAAGCACGACCUAAAGGACCAGUACCACGUGGAGGUAGAUGAAAAAACAAAUUCAAAGGAAAUGGAAUAUUACAAUUUUAAACUUCACGAUUAUGAUAAUAAUGGGUAUCUUGAUGGACUAGAGUUACUUGUCGCCCUUAAUCACAACGCCGAUCAUGUGCCGGAAAAAUCGGAGACUGCACCACCAGAACCGUCUGCACAACAGCGCGACACAAAACAUCAAGAACAGUCACAGUCCAAAUUUGAGAGUGAUGCUUUGGUUAUUGACCAGGUUCUUAAAGACUACGACAGCAAUCACGAUGGUCUAAUUUCAUACUACGAGUACAUGCAAGUUAAGGAAAAGUAUAUGUGA